AUGGCGACUCCUGCAUGGAGUCAUGCCAAGGCUCAAUGGGUAGUCGCCAUGUUGGCGUUACUCGUUGGCUCGGCUAUGGCUACCGAACCUUACUACUAUAGCUCUCCUCCGCCACCUUACGAGUACAAAUCUCCACCGCCUCCGGUUAAAUCUCCGCCACCUCCUUAUGAAUACAAAUCUCCUCCCCCACCGUCUCCGCCACCACCGUACUACUAUCAUUCACCACCCCCUCCGGUUAAGUCUCCACCACCACCAUAUUACUAUCAUUCACCACCCCCUCCGGUUAAAUCUCCUCCUCCUCCAUACUACUACAACUACCCACCCCCUCCAGUUAAAUCUCUCCCUCCUCCAUACUACUACAACUCCCCACCCCCUCCGGUUAAAUCCCCCCCUCCUCCAUAUGUAUACUCAUCACCACCACCACCGCCAAAGUCAUACACACCACCGUACUACUACUCAUCACCACCUCCUCCGGUGUCAUACCCUCAUCCUCACCCACACCCACAUCCACUUGUCUUCAAAGUUGUUGGUAAAGUGUAUUGUUACAGAUGUUAUGACUGGACUCACCCCAAAAAGUCUCAUGAUAAGAAGCAUCUCCAAGGUGCUGUUGUGGAAGUGACUUGUAAGGCCGGUGACAAGACGGUUAAGGCAUACGGAAAGACCAAGAACAAUGGUAAAUACGCAAUCACCGUUAAGGGAUACAACUACCGUAAAUACGGAGGUGAUGUGUGCACGGCCAAGCUUCACGCACCGCCUAAGGGCUCACCAUGUAACAUUCCCACAGAUUACCAUUGGGGUAACAAGGGUGCUAAACUUCACGUGAAAUCGAAGACAAAGGACGAGGUUGUUCUUUAUGCUAAGUCCUUUGCUUAUGCACCAAAGAAACCUUACGGAGAAUUCUCCUCCACCACCAACCCCGAUCUAUGUCUACAAGUCUCCGCCUCCUCCAACCCCAACAUAUGUCUAUAA